AUGCGGUUCGUUCCUUGUCGUUUCAUCAAUGCACGAACUCGUCAACAGUAUUUCUUUCACUUUCGCUAUAGUUUCAAGAAAACUUCGAAAAUGGGAACCUUCACGUUGUCAUAUUUUGUGCGAACAGCCAUCUGGGAUAAGAAAGGGUACUGGUUAGCUGCAAUUCCUGUAAUUUAUUUUGGCCGAUGCUGGGAGAAUGCUGGAUAUGCAAAAGUUGAAAUGAUGAAGGGACACUCAAAAAUGUACGCCGAUAGGAUUCGAAUGAUGCCGAAGAAUGCAGAUCCUUGGAAAUACUAGCCUAAAAAUGAUAGAUUGGGGUAGAUCUAGUGUAUAAAUAACGAAUAAACCAUU